AUGAGCUUGGCAUGCCUCGCGUGCCGUGGCAUUGAAAGCCCAUCUCACUCGUUCAGAAGCUACUCAGUCUCGAGCUCCGAAAACGAGGGCAGAUGCUCGGCAGUCUCGAGUUGCUUGACCCGAAAGACUUCACUCCCACACCACAGGACUAAUCGUAGCACAACAUCAUCUAAAGUGAUGCCACAGCCCACCAAUAUUCCUGGUAAUGUGGCCUCACGCCUCGACCGGAGCCAUGCUGUCAGAAGGGACAUUGUUAGGGAUUGGAAUUUUGACGAGCCACUUUUGGAACGUUAG